UUGAAGACUUGUUUCGAGUGGAUACAGUGCAUCUGAAACAUGUCUUGAAAACGACAAGUUUCAGAACUUUAAAACAUAAAGACAUGUUUAAAAAGUUAAAACGUCGACCAUCUUUAAUUGGAAUUAUCUAGCAUGUGUUGUAGAGAAGUAUAGAAAGCAGGGUCUUCUGCUAAGCUGCCUUGGAGCAAUCUUCGUAUAUGACCUCGAAAAUUUUAUUAAAGAAUCAAAAGUAUCUUUCUGCGUCUUUCCGCCAAAAAUAUCCCUAAUAUGGAUAGAACCUUGAUCAACCGAAGUGGACUGUUUGUUUCUAGUGUGUUUGUUUUUUUUUUUGUUGGAGUUCACACAUCACCAAUUCAAGAGGGUCUAGGUGGAAAUGGGUUUUAAUUUUGAACUGGUAACUUAGAAUUGGACAACGUUUUAACAGCCAGCUGAGAAUUGACACAUUAAUUUUAACUGAUAAUGGAGAUCGGAAAAAUUUACUGAGUAAUAAAUGAGCAAAAAUUUAAAAUGUUAGCCGAAAUGUUAGCUGAUAACUGAGGUUCCAAAACCCAGUCCACACCUUCUUUUUUAAUCUGUCGCAGAAAAGGUAGCCUUAUCGAAGAUUAUCUGCUUACUAAUGUCCUGGUUUUCUUAACAUUUUAAAUUGCUUUCAGAAGCAUAUCACAAUGUUAUUCUUUGUGUGUGGAUUGACGAUGUUAGCGACAACUGAUGCGAAGAAAGCUUUGAAAGCAAUUGCAGGUGAAGUUGUAGUAACCGCUGCAUGUUCUAUUACCCGUAACGCUGCACCACCCCCGGGUACAGAGACACCCGUAAAAGGAACAGUUGAAAUGAAGCAGCCAAUCGGUGGUUCUACUACCAUGAAUAUAAACAUUUCAGGCCUUCCUCCUGAAACGCUACACGGCUUCCAUAUCCACGAGUUUGGAGACAUUGCUACUAAGGGUGAGCUUACUCCUCUAAUGCUAAAUAUACUAAUAGCGCCAGCACUUCGAAAUUGUCGGGUCAGCGCCGCGAUACAGCGAUAUAUAGCAACGACAGAUAAAAUUUAAGAGCACAACCAAUAUUAGCGUUUGAGAACCCUGUUGUUGGUUUUGGUUAUUCAUGCCAUGAGGCAUUAUGGGAAGACCAGAAACUGCAAGGGACCGUAUACGAUUAACUCUGCCAACGUAGGAUCUACAGGAGGUCUGAUCAGCCAAAAAAUGUACAAAGACAAAGAAUAGACUGCAAGGCUAAUGCAAGGCUGCGUUUUUAAAGCAUGAUGCUGGCCAUGCGGUUAAAUGUUUAGGCUGCCCUUGUCCAGCCACAUUUAUUUUUUGCUUUUCGAGACACCAAUCGUGACACUUACAUACACACAUACAUACAUAAUUUAUUUGAUAAAGCAGGUUGGAGAUCAAAAUUGGUAAGACGCUAAGUCCUGAUGUGGACCUGCACUAUCUAAAAUUAUAAAUUAAUAAAAUCCUACGUCUCCUUGGACCUCGAAACACGUAAUGUGGCAACGCGUGUUUCGGGGCGCAAGUGAAUUCAAAGUACGGAACUUGAUGUAGUGAACGGUUCAUUUAGCAAUUUAUGUGCGUUAGCUCUUGGGCUGGUGUUACAUAUCUUCGCUACACAGUGCUGACGAGUCCCAAUAAGGACGAAACAGCCGUCCACUGUUGCGAUCCUGCUUUUAAUAUCGGUUCUUGUCAUGUUGGUCUCUCGAAACGUCUUUCACGUAGUAUCAGCCUUGCAGUCUAUUGUUUGUCAUUAUGGGAAGGACGGUAGGAGGGGCGAAGGGGCACCGCGGUACUUAUCACGCCCACAAUAUUUGAACCCUGGCUGCCCCCUCAAGACAGUUUUACCUGUCCCGACUAAAAUUUCAUGUCCUGUCGCUGGCAUUAGCCCGCUUAAUACGGACAAGGACUGAUUUCUGUGACAUGAACCUCCAGAAGAUUUUUCAACAGUCCCUUCUCCGAAUGUUUCCUGAAAGGAAUACAAACCUUUUCGAACAUUUCCGAAUUUAAGAAAGAUUUUUGAAGCUUUUCAAACACUUUCAAGGAAAAUCCAAGUUGAUGUAGACAACUUUUGGCUUCAUUAGCAAUAAAUUUUGGAAACUCCUUAGGAAACGUGGCAACACCAAUAUUCUUUAGUGUCAAAAGAUAUAAUAAGAUUUUUUUCAGGAAGGAAAACGUGGUAACUCAUGCUCUAGUCUAAAAUACUACUUGUAAUAAGAUAACAUCAAUAUGGCAGGGAAGUAACUUUUUUGAGCAAGUUGUGAACAACUGUUGAGGAACUUUACACAACAUGAGAAACAUUUUAGUAAAUUCAAGAUUUUGGAGCAACUUUUGAGCAACUUUUAGAUUUAUUGAGCAACUUUCUGAGCAAUUUUGAGCAUCGUUUUUACAAAAUUAGAGCAUCUUGUGGAAAGCUCUUUUCUUGAUGCUCUAUAUCGAUUUUGUCAGGAGAAAAUAAAUUCUUGAACUUUUCUGAUUUCAUUCUCAUUCAAACGCGUUAUUGGGGUAAUCACGAAACACUUCUCUAAGGUGCGUGGCGACCGAAGUAACGACUGCGAAGGCCUGGAGGCGGCUUGUUUCAUGGCUUGCAUUGGCAUACGCGCAGUUUACGAAAACACACAAACAAACAACACUUUUAUUUAAUGCCUUCUUUUUUAUUUCUAGCUGCUAAAUUAAAGCAAAACCCACUUUUAUGUGCUCUAUGGUAUACAAUUAUAUUCAUUUAAUCACAGUUCAAACACAGUUGUUACACAGC